AUGGCAAGGAUCAACUCAUGGACAGCCAAAAAGCUGUCUUAUGCUGGAAGGACUCAACUGAUUAAGACUGUCUUGUUUGGAGUUCAAUCCUACUGGGCUCAAUUGUUUAUCAUACCAGCAAAGAUAAUCAAAGUGAUUGAAGGUCUAUGCAGAAGCUACUUAUGGUCAGGGGUUGGAUAUGUUACAAAAAAGGCCUUGAUAGCAUGGGAGAAAGUGUGCUGUCCCAAAAGUGAAGGAGGCAUAGGAUUGAUCAAUAUGAGAAUAUGGAAUAGAGCAGCUAUAGCUAAGAUGUGCUGGGAUCUAGCAAACAAGGAAGAUAAACUAUGGAUCAAAUGGAUACACACAUACUAUAUACAGGGGCAAAGAGAGUGGCAGAGGAGGAAGCAAGCAAGCUGGAUGAUUCAAAAAGUGAUGAAUGCACAGCUAAAUGUGGAACAAGUCCAGCAACUGCAAAGGAAGAAUAAAGGGGUUAUCAGACUACUUUAUGAUCACAUGACGACAAAAGCAUAUUUCACUAUAUGGAUCAUGAUGAAUCAAAGGCUAGUAACAGUGGAUAGACUGGCAAAGUGGGGAGUUGAAGUAGAGAAGACCUGUGUACUGUGCAAGAAUGAUGAAGAGACUGCAGAACAUUUGAUUAUACAAUGUAGUUUUGCAAGAAGACUAUGGGGGAGACUGCUAAGUUGGACAGGAAAGCACAAUGAUGUUCCAAUGACUUGGGAGCAUUUUGUUCAAUGGUGCAUUAUACAUGGGAAGGGGAAGAUAUCAGAAGCAAUGAAGUUCAAGACUGUACUUGCUGAAGGAAGCUAUGUACUGUGGAUGGAGAGAAAUAGAAGAAUUUUUUAG